AUGGCGAUGCCGUCACGCGCGCCUCGCGUCGGUGCCGGGGCCGCCGGCGGGCGCCGAAGCGCGUUCCUCGGCCGCGAGAAGCAGGCCCGGGUGAGGAGCCUGCGGGUUGGAGCUGGAAGUGCCGGAGCGGCGGCCGUCGCUGUGCGGGCUCGCGGGACCAACCCCGUCGCCCCGCUGCGCUGCGUCAGGGCAUCUCGAGGCAGUGAGAGCUUGCAUAACUCAGUUGACGAGGACCUCUUGUUAAAGGUGAACAAAGUCCUAAGGAAAUCCGAAGAAGUUAUGUUCCAAUUGAAUGGACGGUGCAUUUACCUAGUGGGAAUGAUGAGCACGGUGGGAAAGAUAUUGGCUGAAGUUCUGGGCUAUUCAUUCUUUCACAGUGAUAAGUUGGUAGAACAAGCAGUUGGCAUGCCUUCCGUUGCUCAAAUAUUUAAGGUUCAUAGUGAAACGUUUUUCAGAGAGAAUGAGAGUAAUGUCUUGAGGGAUUUGUCCUCAAUGCAGCGAUUAGUUGUUGCAACUGGAGGUGGUGCUGUUAUUAGGCCAAUCAACUGGAAUUACAUGAAGAAAGGUCUAUCUGUUUGGUUGGAUGUACCUUUGGACGCACUUGCAAAACGUAUAGCUCAAGUGGGGACUGCUUCUCGUCCUCUCCUAGAUCAACCUUCUGACGAUCCAUACACAGCAGCUUUCACGAAACUGAGCAUGCUUGCGGAGCAAAGAGGUGAGGCUUAUGCGAACGCCGAUGCAAGAGUGUCUCUUGAAGAGAUCGCAGCUAAGCAGGGCCACGGUGAUGUUUCUAAGCUGACACCGACUGAUAUCGCCAUCGAGGCGCUACUCCAGGGUGGAAACUUUGUCAAUGAACAUCCCACAAUCCAUAGCCAAGUGGGCGACUUGCAAGUUGAUUUCACAUAG